AUGGCGUCGCGCUCGACGGCGUCGCUCGCGCUCGCGCGCGUCGCGCCGGGGAGCGGACGCGGACGACGGCGCGAGCCCCGCGUCGUCGAUCGCGCGCGGUCGUCGUCGCGAAGGGCGACGACGACGACGACGACGACGACGACGACGACGACGCGAGGAGGAGGAUGCCGACGCCGACGCGGCGACGCCGCCGCGCGCGCCGCGACGACGACGGACGCGACCGCCGAGGAGGAGGAGGAGGAGGAGGAGGAGGAGGACGAAGCGUUCGCGUUCGCCGCGCCCGCGCCUUCGCGCCUCGCGACGACGUCGCGCCGGCGCGUCCUCGCGCUCUCCUCCUCCGCGCUCGUCGGGUGGGGCUCGAUCGCGGGCUCGAUGGGAAGCCUCCUCCUCCUCCCGCCGCCCCCCGCGUCCGCGCUCGUGGACGCCGCGAACGCGCAGAGAGUCUUCGCGGUCGCCGCGCCGGGGGUGGUCGCGCUCGCGGACUUCACCGCGAACGGCGCGAACGGCGGGUACGUCCCCGCGGGAGUCGGCGUGCUGUGGUCCGACCGCGGGUACGUCGUCACGAAUUUCCAUCUCGUGAAGCGCCACCUGAACGGCGCCGCGGACGCGUCGGAGCCGUCCAAGCCGCAGAGAAGCCAAGCCGACAAGGGCAAGGGCGCCGCGGUCGCGACGACGACGCUGCGGGUGAACGUCCCGGUCGCGGUGGACGGCGACCCGGUGUGGUACGACGCGGAAGUGAUCGGGACGCAGGCGCGUUCUGUACAAAAGCUGAGGACGAGCGACGUCGCGGUGUUGCGGCUGACGGGGCCAGUCGCCGACGAGCCAGUCGCCUCCUCCACCUCCUCCUCCUCCUCCUCGGCGUCCUCGUCCUUGAGGGGUAUGCCGUUGGGCGGGCCCUCGGACGAGCUCCUCGUCGGACAGCUGUGCUACGCGAUCGGCGCCGGCGACGCGACGACGACGACGAAUAGCGACGGAGCGGGGAAGGGCGCGAACGGCAACGGUAACGGCGGCUCGAGCUCCUAUUCGUUUAGGCAGCGGUCGACGAUGAGCGCGGGCGUCGUCAGCGGCCUCCGACGGAGCGUCCCCUCGAAGAACGGGACGACGAUUCGCAACGUGAUACAGACCGACGCGAGCACGGACGAGUCCGCCGCCGGCGGCGCGCUCGUGGACAGCGGCGGGCGGCUCAUCGGACUGAUCGUGACGACGUUCGGGAACUCGCCCAACUCGAGCGGGCUGACGUUCGCGGUGCCGGCGGACGACCUGCUGAAGAUCGUCCCGAGCCUGAUCACGCUGCGGCAGAUUUCGUGA